AUGGAGAACGCACAACAAGAGCCAGCGCCUGGCUCGCUGAGCUGGAGACUCAGCAGUCAUCCCAUUACGCUACUCACUUUCCUCUUCUUCCGCAUCUCCUCUCUGCUAGUCUACCUCCUCGGCCUCCGCCUCCUCUCGUCAAACUUCGUCCUCAUCUUCAUUGUAACAAUCCUGCUCCUCGCAAUCGACUUCUACUACCUUAAGAACAUCGCAGGUCGUCGCUUGGUCGGACUACGAUGGUGGAACGAGGUCGACGCCAACACCGGAGACGGUAGCUGGGUAUUCGAGAGCCUGGAUCCAGAGACUGGACGACAGAUCAAUGCGACAGAUAAGAGGUUCUUUUGGUUGGCGCUGUAUGCGCAGCCCGUGUUGUGGGUGUUGCUUGCGAUUGUGGCUUUAGUGAGCUUCGAGUUUAUUUGGUUGACGCUUGUUGUUAUCGCGCUCGUCCUUACGAUUACGAAUACGCUCGCCUUCUCGCGCUGCGACAAGUUCAGCCAAGCGACUGGCUUUGCCUCAAACGCCAUGUACGGUUCAGGACUCGCGAGAAACCUGGCGGGCGGCAUGAUCUCAAGCAUAUUCAAUAGGCGGUGA